GUGGAAGUACAACUCCAUUUGCUUGGAAAGUGUGAAGUUUUCCUGCAAGGAACUGAUGGAGGAGAUGAACAGCCAGCACCCAGGGCUCACCGGCCUGAAGACAGGCAGCACAUGCUACAUGAACGCAAUUUUGCAGUGCUUCUGCAGCGUGCCACUGCUUGUGGAGUAUUUCACCUCAGCAAAGUACAAAGCAGUCGAGGAGAAUGGCAAGUCUGCAGCUGCCUUUGCCUGUUUGCUGUCCGAUAUGUGGCUUGGAGCGUCUGACUGUGUUUCCCUGGAGGUUUUUCAUUCAGUCCUUGGGACACAGUACCCAGCUUUCAGCAAGAGGACUCAGCAGGAUGCACAGGAGUUUCUGAUCUGUGUGCUGAAUGAGCUUCAGGAGGCUCUCAAGAAGUCAAGCAAAAGAAGAUGCACAACCAAUGCAAAAGCAAGCAGAGAGAGUGUCAGUGAAACAUCCAUUAUCACACAGUUAUUUGAGGGCCAACUCAGUUACAAUAUCACUUGUCUGAAAUGCCAGACCACCAUUGACAGACCUGAGAGCUUCACCGUUCUUUCCCUGCCCAUCCCUUCUAAAACUGCCUGCUCUCUACAGGACUGUCUCGAAUGCUUCUUUCAGCAAGACACACUGACUUGGAACAACCAAAUCCACUGUUCCUGGUGUGGAACAAAACAAGAUGCUGCAGUAAAGGCUACCAUAACCAAGGCACCGCAGAUCAUUAUUUUUCACCUAAAGAGGUUUGAAUGGCAAGGCAACCGCAAAAGGAAGCUCUCAACUGACAUCUGCUUUCCACUCAGCAAUCCGGUUCUCUCGCCCUACAGUUCCCCACUUCUCUGCAAAGAUGCAGAGUACAGCUUGUGUGCUGUAGUGAACCACUUUGGUUUUCUGGAUGAUGGCCACUACACAGCAUUCUGCAAGCACUCAGCCACCAAAAACUGGUACAGCUUUGAUGAUGCACAGAUCACCCAGAUCCCAGAUUCCUCAGUGCAGACUGACACAGCUUAUCUCCUAUUCUUUACCUGUUAA